GACGCUAUAUUGAUGUACUUACAUGCUGUCUCAAAUAUACAUAGCAAAUUUUAAUAAAAUUUAUACCUUUUGGUGAUAAAAAAAAUGCAAAGAUGUCGUUUCUGAGUAUAAUUGCAGGGAAAACAUCAAAGUACAGUUCCCUUCGACUGAUGUCAGUCUAUCCUACACAAUACGUUGAACCUAUUGUACAAAAAGAUAAACAGAAUGAACAAAAGACCGAAUUAUCAAAGCUCUACCAUGUUCCAAUCAAGGCGGCAGUCAACAAAUCUUCUGAUACAGUCUUUCAUGAUGAUACAAAAGAAAAAAUGAUCAAUUAUAUAACGAAGAAAGGGAAUAGUGCCCUGGCCAGAACACUUCUGUCAAAGACGUUCGAAUUAAUCAAGCGCACGCAGACGGAGCACAUGAAUCUAGCUAAAGGGGAGAAGAAUGCAAUCAAUACCAAUGCCGAAACGCUUUUGAAACAGGCGGUUGAAAAUUGCAGACCCCUACUUCAAGUAACUGCCAUAAAAAGAGGUGGAGUUACCUACCAAGUUCCUGUUCCCAUUACCACAAGACGAUCUUAUUUCCUGGCCAUGAAGUGGCUCUUGGAUGCAGCCCGCGAAAAGGAGCGCAAAGUGUCCCUGCCGGAGAAACUGGCCUGGGAGAUUCUGGACGCUGCCCACGGACAAGGAAGAGUCGUCAAGCGGAAAGACGAUUUGCACAGGCAGUGCGAAAGCAACCGCGCCUACGCACAUUAUCGAUGGAGCUAAAUUUGCAAUAAACUAUUAAUAGGGCAAUAAAUUUUUCAAAUUUGUGUUAACAUUUUCACAUCUGCUCUUAAAAGCUUAAUAUAUACAUAUUUAAGAUCGGGUUUUAACUGAAAAAACCCCAAAAACGUAA